CGAGUGCCAUGACGUCAGCAGUGACCUUGAGCGCAAUGUCACGCCUGGCGCUGUCUUCACGUCUGCUGCUCAUCAACACACGUCGUCUGAUGGCGGAAACUUCCAUUCUCGUUGCUAAGCAGCCUGCAUCGGCUGUGAACGACAGCAGACGACGAGAUGAGCUCACCAGCCGGGACGACGAGUAAAAAGAAAGAAACGGGGAUUUCACCCAAUCUUAGGAUUGGUUCGUUCUGCAUCAACGACUUCAAAGUUCGCGAAGAGCCCAAUCAGGGGUUCGCCUCCAACGUGUUGUUUGAGAUGCUGAGACGCUUUGAUCUCCUCCUGCUCAUGGAGGCGAGGGCGGACAACAGUCGGACAAACAUCGACAAGCUCAUCCGACGUCUGGACAUAUUAGACAAAGACGGUCUAUUCGAUUUCGAAGAAGAUGAAGCAGUAUGUAUUUUACAUGGCCGCGAGCACUUACUGCUUUUUCUACAGAGUAAGUCGGUUGACCGUGCUGGACACAAUGUAUCCAACAGAAAACGAAUUAAUCGAGAACUGGGAAGAGAAACAGAAAAGGAGAAGUAAAGAGGAGAAUGCCUCUGCGUCACAUAAACCUUCUGAGCUAUCAGUGAGAGGAGACAACUCGUCGGAAGCAGGCAAAAGAGUACCCUCGAUCGUAGUGGAGAAAAACAAGGCUUGUUGCGCUGGUGAGAAAGGGACUGAGAAAAUGCUAUCUCCUGAUAAGAAAGACUAUAGUCGGUCACUUUCUGAUCACAACGUGACUAGAAAGCCUGCUGGAGGACAAGCUAACCUGUCGUCUUCAGGCAGCCCCAUGAAAAUUGAAUCUUUGGUAAUGGAAUCCUUGUUAUCGACGAGUUCUUCUCAUGAAUCUGACGUAUUUUCCUUGACAACUUUACACUCGGUUGUGUCUCCUGAGAAGGAGGAGGACCCUGAUAUAGUUAAGGACAUAAGAUUUGGGGCUCAAAGAGCGCAUAGCCUUGCCAAAUCUGUCCUCGAGUUCAUCCCUAAAAAAGGGGGAAAAUCCGACAAAGGCGGGAACGAAGGCGGGAACGAAGGCGGGAAAGAAGGCGAGAAAGAAGGCGGGAACGAAGGCGAGAACGAAGGCGAGAACGAAGGCGAGAACGAAGGCGAGAACGAGGGAGCAGGUGAGGACGAUGAGAACGCUAACCAGUCUAUGAAUUUAGAGACCCAGAAGAGCUCGUCGGACUCUGGAGACUACAAGAAGGGCGUGGAGGGGGGCAGAGAAAAUACUAUCAAGUAUCUUCAUGAUGUCAUGUCCGAGGAGUGGACAAAUCCUGACGGAGGUCUGGCCUGCAACGUCAGCGGCAAUACCUCUCCCACCUCAUACUCUUCUCUAGAAGGACAAGGAACGCAUGAGAGUCUCACGCAGGACAGUCCAGCAAUAGAUCAACUGCAAGCUGCGACUGAUGAGUCCUUCUCGACCAACAUGACCAGCUAUCCGCCUGCUUACUCCUGCUCGAGCAUCAGACUUGCCCGCGAGGUGAGAAAGGAGACCUUGCCCAUGUUUGUAAUCUUCAAGGGCGAGCCCGCUCCAAGAAUGGUGGAGGAACCCAGAUUCAAUGCCGUCGGUGAGUCUGUCCUCCCCAUCACGGUUGAGUUUCCCAGGCGAAAGGGGGACUGCACGACCGUCCAUUUUACUGACAGCGGACAGGAGCAGAGCGCCACUCGGGUUGGUGAAUCCAACGCGCCGUGGGCUGAUGCCAAUGAAGCCUCUAAUGCCGUGGCGAGCGGCUCCAUGGUCUUUGAUCAGGAGCUUGCAGUGCACAAGUGCGUCCACAUGGCUUUCCAGUCGUCCAGAUGCCACACAAGAGGAGGACGCCAGUUUCCUGAAGUCGUCGGACCACAGAAAAUCCAUCUCCGAGAAUAAUGUUGAGCUGGAGAAGGUGUCACCUGUCGGUGAGUUUGGAGAAGGAAGAGAAUCAUCCUAGACAAACAAAUGAAGGCGAACCACCUACCUCGUGGCAAGGAAAGAAUAAGUGACAUCAUGGACGUACAGAAGGUUCUCGAGACGCCUGAGUUCGUCUCAUCGGCUGAUGGAGCGUCAUUAUUAACCCCGACCGAUGAAGUCACGUGGCUGUAUGGGACUGGUGACGUCGCGUCGUUUUCAGAUGAUGUCCUGUCGCUUGACCAAGCUGUGGAAAUCAUCUCGCUAUCUCGAGAUGACGAAGUCCCAGGACCGGCUAAUGUACAUAGAGCCUCUGAACCCAUGGCGGGCAGCUCCAUGUCUCCUGAUCAGAACGAACCAGUGCCUUGCAAUCGGAAGAUGCGUCACUGGGAAGAAGCGGAAAAGGGAAUCGGAGACCAACGAAUGAUGCGCGCAGAAGGGAUGAGCGCGAGAAGAAACCUCCAAUCGUCUUUUUACGGGAGCCGUUCGUUGUGCGGUUCAGCUGCCCCACUUCGGCCAUCUCGGACUUCAUUGCUGUAGCCUUACACACAAACCCUAAAGAACCCUACUUCGAGGACCUGCGUAUCAACCAGCUCUAUGACGCCAUCAAAGACAAGUGGCAUAUUGUGGACGUGCUAUACAUGGGCGACAUCCACGUGAAUAAAAUAACUCAUCUGGAGCCUGACUGCUGGAGGCUGCUGGAGAAAAACUCCGAACAUCUGUUUGUCAAAGUGGCCCAAGUGUUGUCUGAUACUCUCAAAAAUGUUAUUUCUAACCGCAGUGAUGAAAGGAUGCUUUUGACAGGCAAAGCUUUGAUCAGUUCUUUCUGCGAAGGUAGUGAUUCCAUCUUCUGGUACGACGAUGUAUUGGGCUUCCCUGAGGAAGAGUACGCUGAGAUCAUGAGCAACCGUUUCCCCAUGCAAAUCCAGUUGUGGGGGGCAGUUCUGCCUCCACAGAUCAGCGGAGUAAGGGUGUACACAAGCCUAAAGGUGGAGCAGCUGACCAUCGUCACCUCUAAGACCAGCAUUGCCAAAUUUCACCGGUCAAACGGCGGGACGAUCGCUGGCUUCACCGUCACCAUGCUAAUGGGCGGGGGCUUGAAGCUGGUCAAGGCCACGAAGACCAACGUCGUAGACGUGGAGAAGUGUCUCAACGAAUUCCAGCUUGUGUUUCCAGACAUCCUGAAAGCAGCACCAUCAGCACAGUAUCUGCUCUCCUAGCACCCCAUCUUGUUCAAUCAACUAUCGUCAGUCCUCAGAAAUCGCGGUGCAGGAAGCAACAAGGUGCUGUACUCAGUAUCUGUGAUGUUGUCUGUCAAGAAGCCUAACACCUGCUACGUGGUUGUCAACCGAGAAGUGAACUAAGCUAUGCACUCACACACCCUCUCCCUCCUCUACUGACCAUGCAAAGUAAGACUUGAUUCGGGGAAACGAUGCACGAAAACUCGUUGGUACGGCUCUGUAACUGUUCUGACUAGACACCCACGCUUAUUUAAGUAAAAACACGAACUUUUGGCGUGGUCUUCCUCCUUCUUCUCCCAUCCACAUCAUUACUUGUUUUUAUCAGCACAGUCUCCUUGUUGUUUCCGAAAAGGAAUGGUUCUAAAUUUUAUAUCAUAUAUAUUGAGGAAAGAAAAUGAAAAAGAAAAAAA